AUGGUCGGCGACGAUGCAACCAAAACCCACAACCAGAAUGAGAAGGAGAUCAUCGAUCACAACUCACCUCUCUACCUACAUGCUUCCGACUACCCAAAACAGAUGCACGUGAAUGAAGUGCUGACCGACAAGAACUAUAACGAUUGGGAACAAGAGAUGAUGAAUUUAUUGUUCGCCAAGAACAAAUCCGGUUUCGUUGAUGGGUCGAUCAAAAGACUAGAGACGGAAUCUGAGAAAUAUCUACCUUGGAUGCAUUGCGAUGCGAUGAUCAAAGGUUGGCUGACCACGGCGAUGGAGAAGGAGAUUCGCAACAACGUGAAAUAUGCAAAAACGGCUACAGAAAUUUGGCAAGAUUUGAAGGAACGCUUCGGAAAGGAGAGCGCUCCCAAGGCAUACGAACUAAAACAGGCAAUGAACAACACUCGACAAGAUGACACCACCGUGUCAGCCUACUAUACUAGACUCCGUGUCUUGUGGGACGAGAUGGAGACAAUUCUUCCCACUCCUCGAUGUUCCUGUAAUGGUUGUUCCUGUGGUCUCGAAAAGAAGCUAACCGAACUGAAAGAAAAGGAGAGAACUUACGAGUUCUUUAUAGGGCUUGAUGAUCAAUUCAGUGUUAUAAAGACACAAAUAUUGGCCAUGAAACCUACGCCAAAGUUGAGCACCGUCUAUCAUCUUGUGGCGGAGGAUGAUCAGCAACGAAUGAUUACCGCUUCCAAGAAACCGGCCCGUGAAGUGGCUGCUUUCCAAGCCAGCUUUCAAGGAAGGCGAGAACCGACACGUAACUCACAAGAAAAGGGAUGGACAAAAACAGAAAAAAGGCACCGUUUCCACUGA